AUGGACCGCUCGCGUGGCUCCUCCAGCGAGGCGUUGUCCGGCCAAAAGAGGCGGCGGGAGGGCUCUGCUGAGGGGGAGGUGGAUCUGGAGUACGAAGCUGCCCUUCGGUCCAAGCUCCAGGCUGAUCGAGCUCGGGCGGAGGGGGCCGCGGUGGAGCCUGGCGGUGCUCCUUCCCUUGGAUCCGGCUCAGUGGCGGCCGGACCCUCUGCUCCCCCUGGUGGUUCGUCGUCGCGUCCUUGGACCCCUGGGAGGUGGCGGCCGCGGCGAGUAAGGUUGGCUCUGCUGGCCCGAUAUCACGGCCCCCUCCUCCUCGUGGUGCUGCGGGCUCCGGCCCGGGCCCCGGCGGCCCCUGGUGGUGGUCCUGGCCGUUUCGUGCCCCGCGGCUCCUCUGGGGCGCAGGGUCGCCGCCCCUCCUCCGGCGGCCUGGGCCCUGCCUCUGCUUCUGGUCCCGUUGGUGAUGGUAUUCUUCCUCCGCCUCCCCCGCUCCGGCGCGCGUCCCUCCUCCUGCCCAAAGGCUUCCGUCUCAGGGUCCGGGUCGAGGGCGAUGCUGCUCUGAUGUCGCCCCCGCCCCCACCUCCUCGGCCGGCCUCGGGAAAUGAUGACAAAGAUGACAAGGAUGAGGAUGGCCUUUCGGAUGACUCGAAUCCUGGCGCCGAACAUCGCUUCACUCAGUCGGAGUGGGAUGGGUUGACUUCUGAAGAUCGUGACUUGCUCAAGGAGAACGCUCCGGUGGGGGGUGGGAACAAGGAUGCGGUGGAUGGUGCCGGAGGGGGGGUUGCUGCUUCUGAUGGAGCGAGGGGUACCCCUUUCUCUGGUGUGUGCUCCAACCUUCCUUCCCGUCCUGCCUCCCCUUCCCUCUCCGGUAUUGAAGAUCUGCCUCCGUCCGGCCCCAUGACCAAGAAAAAGAAGAAGAAAUCGUCUGUCAAGAAAUUCUCCGCGCGUAGCAGGGCCUCUGGCGAUUCCAAGCAGUUUGUGGCAGGGCUUUGCCGCAGGCUUGAUGCUGAUUUGGGCGCGGCCUCGGGUCGUUCGUCUGCGGCGGCUUCUCCGUGCCGUGUCCGUCCCGUGCAGGUGUGCUCCCCUGCAUCCACCGCCCGCAAGAGCGGCCGUGUCUCUAACAGCGGCGAGCGGGUGGCCGAUCGGGCGGCGUGGCGCGCUGCGGCCAGAGAUCUUCCCCCUUCAGAUGGGACUCCUUGCUUCCUCGGGCCUCCCUUCGGGCUCUGCCCAUCGUGGGGUCUGAUCAUGCGCUCCUGA